UUGCACGCUGACCUCGAGUCAGGAGCAUUCACAUGAGGUAAUCAAGAGCGCUGUGAUGCGUCGACCUGCAGCCCAGCCUUCGGAUGCCCGUAAUCAGACUACCCCGACAGAGCAAUCCCGGCCUAACAACAGUGAUCUUCUUUGGACCGCAACUUUGAAUAUGGGAUUCUUUCCUCGGCUCGGGCGUCGUGGGACAGCAAAAGGGCACUGGGAUCCCUCUCGACGCGCUUCGGUGCAAUGGGACCUUACUGAAAGCAUCCCUUUAAAAGAUUUGCUGCCUAUGUUGGGUUUUGUGCACAGGGCUUUUUUCGAGAAGCUCGAUCGAGAACUGGAAAAGGUGGACUCUUUCUACCUCGAGAAAGAGAAGGAUAUGCGGGCGAAGUGAGC